AUGGCGUCACACAGCAUCGUCUACGCUAAGCUGUGUGUCGUACAAGCACCUAAAUCCUUUUCAUGCGGUAACGCACUUAACCGAGAUCAACAAAACGGGUCGGGUCAGGCACACCCCAAGGCAGAAACAACACCCAAGAAAACCCGCUCCCCACGUGCGGGAAAUGCACACACCAAGGUGCAAGCUUCCCUUCGUGUCUCCAACAUUACCCGCGGACGCUUCUAG